AUGCCCACCGUCCACCUCCUCGAUUACGUCGCCGGGAACAUACGGAGUCUCGUCAAUGCCAUUGAGGCACUAGGGUACUCCGUCGAAUGGAUCAAGUCUCCCGAAAAUGUCGCUAAUGCUGAGAAACUCAUCCUCCCCGGCGUGGGCCAUUUCGGUCACUGCCUGACACAGCUCGGCGGCGCGGGCUACCUCGAGCCCGUAAAGAAGCAUAUUGAGGCCGGAAAGCCCUUCAUGGGCAUCUGCGUCGGUCUACAAGCGCUUUUCGAGGGGUCCGCGGAAGACCCAGACGUCGCCGGUCUCGGCAUCAUCAAGUCGCAGCUCAGUCGCUUUGAUGACUCCGUCAAGACGGUACCUCAUAUUGGCUGGAACUCCGCCAACACCGAUGGCCAGAUCAUGUACGGCCUCCGACCGGACUCAAAGUACUACUAUGUCCACUCUUACAUGUCGCCGUACGUAAGGGGAGAACUGGAGGCCCAAGGUUGGACUGUUGCGUUGGGAACGUACGGAUCGGAGGCGUUCGUCGGUGCGGUUGCCAAGGGAAACAUCUUCGCAACCCAGUUCCACCCGGAGAAGAGCGGAAUCGCGGGUCUCCGAACUAUAAAGGCCUUCCUCACUGGCACAGGAGCCAAGGAGCUCACCCUCAACAAAGACGGUCUUAGCCCCAAAUUCCAAGAUGGACUUACCCGCCGUAUAAUAGCCUGUCUAGACGUCCGAACCAACGACCAAGGCGACCUCGUGGUGACGAAAGGUGACCAGUACGACGUCAGGGAGAAAGGCGAUGACCGAAACGUGCGGAAUCUCGGCAAGCCGGUAGAGCUCGCGAAGAAGUACUACGAACAAGGUGCCGACGAGGUCACCUUCUUAAACAUCACCAGUUUCCGCGAUAUCCCCCUUGCCGACCUACCUAUGCUCGAGAUUCUACGACGUACCUCCGAAACCGUCUUCGUGCCCCUCACUAUCGGAGGCGGUAUCCGCGACGCCGUAGACACGGACGGCACCAAGGUCUCGGCGCUCGAGAUCGCCACCAUGUACUUUAAGAGCGGCGCCGACAAGGUAUCCAUCGGCUCCGACGCCGUGCUCGCCGCCGAGGAGUACUACGCCGUCGGCAAGAAACUCUUCGGCAACACGGCCAUCGAGCAGAUUUCCCGCGCUUACGGGAACCAGGCCGUCGUGGUCAGCGUGGAUCCCAAGCGCGUCUACGUGCCUAAGCCCGACGCCACGCGCCACAACCUCGUCGAGACGGCGUUCCCGGGCCCAAACGGCGAGAAGUACUGCUGGUACGCUUGCACCAUCAAGGGAGGCCGCGAGACCCGCGACGUUGAUGUCGUCGAGCUCGUUCAGGCCGUUGAGGCCAUGGGAGCUGGCGAGAUCCUCCUCAACUGCAUAGAUAAGGACGGCACAAACUCCGGCUAUGACCUCGAGCUCAUUAACCAGGUCAAGGCUGCUAUCAAGAUCCCUGUCAUUGCGUCGAGCGGCGCGGGGAACCCGGGGCACUUUGCCGAGGUGUUCGAGAAGACGAAGACUGAUGCGGCGCUGGGGGCUGGUAUGUUUCACAGGGGAGAGUACACCGUUAAGCAGGUCAAGGAUUUCCUCGGCGAGAAGGGUCUUGUGGUGAGGAAGUUCGAGAGCGAGUUGUAA